CUUCGGUGCAGUAGUGAACGAUGAUACGCUGCAUGAAUUGCGCUUACCCGUAACGCGGGAAAACCGGGCACAGGUGGCCUGGAGUCGUAUGUACAUCGAUGACAAGAAGGGCCAGGCGUCCAAGUAUGUUGCCAACCUCAAGGACAUGUAUGGCACCGGGGUGUCCACGUGGUGUCUACUCUACAAUGCCACCGGCGACAGCCUCCGCUACUCCAACAGCCACAGCUGGUUGGGGGGCAGCAUCUACAACCCAGGAUACCCCGAAGAGAUAGGCAAUGGCCAGUGGGCGGCCUUCCUUCACGUCCACGGCGAAGUAAUGGUGGGCUCCUUAGGAGCCGUCGUGUACCGCGGCAAGAACAGACAUGGCCAGGACCAGGACUUUCUGCUCGCCUGGUCUACUCCGUGGAAUCCGAUUUACACCAACAAGGCGUAUUGUGAGUUUGGCCCUGUCAACAUCUACGAAGAACGUUGGGAUGAGAUGGCAAAUAGACUGGACCAAUCUGGGUAUGUUUCACACUUUACAGUCGAUGGUGUUGAGGUCCAUGCAGAAACGGAACGCGGGGGUAGUCCUAUGUUUACUGCAACGAUCAAAUUAUCCUAGAGUGGUCUAUGAUCGCGUACCUACAUAUAUAUAAUUCCUGCAUUUUACUUUAUGAGCGCAUCUUGUCUGGUGGUCGUACUGUAGUUACCUGUUUGCAUUAUAUAUUUUUGCUUGUAAUCGUCGCUCUAUAUAUAUAUGUUGUGCUAGUGUAAACAUGUGAUGUACUCUUUUCCUUAUGGGGAAGCUCCAUUAUCCUGGGGUGUAAGGUUUUUAACGAGGCAGUCACAUUGUAUACAUAUAUCAAUAAAGUUGCUAUGUUUCCCCAA